GGAGCAAAAAGAAAUCCCUUAAUUCAUCAGAAUAAUAAAUUCAAAGUUUAAAGGAGAUUUGUGGGGGCAAGUUUGUUACACAGAGGGUGGCGAGUGCCUGGUACUCGCUGUGGUGUUAGAGGUUGAUACGACAGUGGCAUUUAAUAGGCUUUUUAGUAAGGCACAAGGAUAGGGAGGGAUGUGGGUCGUGUACAGGCUGGGGAGAUUCAGUGACAUUGGCAUCAUGCUCAGCAUGAGAAAUGUGGGCAGAAGGGCCUGUCCCUGUGCUGUACUGAUCUACGUUCUAUGUGCUAUGAACAAUAUGCACUUAAUACAUUUGUGGUCUUUUCCGAUGCAUUUAAUUUAACUUAAUUGUGAUCAACCUUGGUGGUCAGGCAGUGUCCAAGGAGACCAAUGAUAUUUGAGGACAAAAUUACAGAUUAAAAUGAAUGGUUCAAUGGUACUUUAUUUUCACAUUUCAAUGUUCCAUUUGGAAUAUUUUGGAGGACCAAGAAACCAAGAAGAAGCAGGAACCCAGGUAAAUGAGAUUUGUUUUAUGCACACAGGCCAGUAAAAAUCUGUAAAUACUGUAACCCCACUCAUAGCUAGCAAUGGAAGCACCGUUUUAUUUACUUCACACCAAGGUUACGCAGACAUUUCCCUUUUGAGAAAGUAAACGUUAUCUCUUUAUUUUGACUUCACCUCAGGUCCCUCCUGUUUAAACCCUUCCCUCGCUGUAUAAAAAGCAUCUUGCGCUCUGCUCUCCAACACAAUCGGCCUUAACAUGCUCUGCAAUCUCCAGCUCUUCUUUCAAACUUCAGCUCAUGUGGAGAUGAGGAAGUUCGGCCUGGGCAAUGGGCUGCUGCAGAUGUCCAGAGCUGCCCACCCGAACAUCACGGCUGUGGUGGGACCUCCAGUGGCUUCCAGGGCCACUGUCCCUCUGCUGCUCUUCCUCGCACUGCUAUUCAUUUUCAUCAAGCUCUCUCAAAAGAAGCCGACUUUGCCAGGCCCUUCUUUCUGUCUGGGCAUCGGACCUCUCGUCUCUUACGGCAGAUUCUUGUGGAUGGGGAUUGGCAAUGCGUGCAAUUAUUACAAUGCAAAAUACGGCGAGAUAGUGAGAGUAUGGAUCCAUGGUGAGGAAACACUUAUUAUUAGCAGAUCCUCUGCUGUGAACCACGUGAUGAAGAAAGGUCACUAUAUCGCCAGGUUUGGCAACAAACAUGCCCUUCAGUGCAUUGGCAUGAAUGAAAAUGGCAUCAUUUUCAACAAUAACCCUUCCAUCUGGAAACAAACACGUCCAUAUUUUGCCAAAGCCUUGACUGGCCCUGGUCUUCAGAAGACGCUUGCUGCCAGUGUGGUGUCUACCCGCAGUCACCUGGAGAAGCUGCUCGGAGGGAACCAGACUACUGCCUGUGUGGACAUUCUGCUGUUCCUCAGAGCCAUAACCCUGGACAUCUCCAACAGGCUAUUCCUUCGCGUACCUCUGCAUGAGGGAGAAAUUGUGGCCAAAAUCCAGAAGUACUUUGACACAUGGCAGACGCUCCUGCUGAAACCUGACAUUUUCUUCAAGUUCAAGUGGCUAUACAAGAAGUAUGAGGAGGCUGCGCAGGAAUUGCAGGAUGCAGUGGAAGGUUUGCUGCUGAAGAAACAGCAGGAGCUGAGAGAAGCUGAGAAACUGCAGGACAUCUCUGACUUUGCCACCGACCUGAUCUUUGCACAAACACAUGGGGAGCUGACCGCUGACAAUGUCAGGCAGAGCAUGUUGGAGAUUCUGAUCGCGGGGCCCGACACCAUGUCUGUUACCAUCUACUUCAUGCUGAUGCUGAUUGCACAGCACCCAGAGGUGGAGAAGGAGAUAAUGGAAGAGAUCCACACAGUGAUCGGGGAACGGGAGGUCCAGAACAGUGACCUGCAGCAGCUGAAGACGCUGGAGAACUUCAUCAACGAGAGCAUGAGGUAUCAGCCCGUGGUGGACAUUACCAUGCGCAAGGCGCUGAAAGAUGACGUGAUCGAUGGCUUCCUGGUGAAGAAAGGUACCAACAUCAUCCUUAACCUGGGCCGCAUGCACAAAGACCAAUUCUUUCUCAAGCCAAACGAGUUCAGCCUGGAAAACUUUGCUCAAAACGUACCACACCGUUACUUUCAGCCAUUUGGCUGCGGUCCACGCUCCUGUGUGGGGAAAUACGUCGCCAUGGUGAUGAUGAAAGGUAUCUUGGUGACAAUGUUGAAGCACUAUACUAUGCACGCACACAAUGGGAAAGCCCCGCAUAACAUCAAGAUCAACAACGAUCUCUCCUUCCACCCUACUGAGGCACAUGGACCUCUCCAGAUGGUAUUCACCCUGAGGAAACGCACAGAGGCCUAGGAGGGAGUCCCGGGGCAAGUGGAACAAACACAUGUGUGACUUAGAGCGAACUGGGGAAAACCACCCAAUUGAAACUCUGUCACCUUCUCACAACGUAGACUCCAAACCAUGAGUAGCAACAUAGGCAGUGUCUUUGACUGUGAAGCUUAGAUGUUGCGGUUAUUUUUCAACAUAAAGUAAUUUUCCUAUGAAUUUGGGUCUUUGCCCUUUUCCAAUACAUUCCAUCCUGGCUAUCCAUGGAUUUGCUUUCUGUGGAACCACGGUUUCACAAGAUUAACUUCAAAUGAUUGUGUCUAUGUACACUUGCGUAUACUAGGAACUAGUCGUUGUCUGGUUAGUUGUAGCAGUCCGUUCCCAAAGCACCUGUGUCGAGUU